AAGCGAAGGAGAGCAAGAAAAGAGGAGCUGAGUGACCGAGAGCCCGAGCCCCCCGAAGGGCUGAAGAGUGCUGGAGGGGAGGAGAGGGAAAGGAUGGACAGCCACAAAACACAGCGAUUGCGGAAAUUUUCCAGCGCCAUUGGCACGGCAGCGUGAGUCUUUGGGUCCGGCGUGAUUUCAGCACCGGGGGGACUGGACAGCACCCCGGGGGGACUUCAGGGCAACCCGCAGCCACUGCGAGAACUCCGCCAAACGCCUCCUGCCCAGAAGCCGCCGAAGCCCUGCUUUGUAUCAGAGAGGCAAGGAUGGUCGCUGUUACUUUGUGAUGAGAUCGGGGAUGAAUUGCUCGCUUUAAAAAUGCUGCUUUGGAUUCUGUUGCUGGAGACGUCUCUUUGUUUUGCCGCUGGAAACGUUACAGGGGACGUUUGCAAAGAGAAGAUCUGUUCCUGCAAUGAGAUAGAAGGGGACCUCCACGUAGACUGUGAAAAAAAGGGCUUUACAAGUCUGCAGCGUUUCACUGCCCCAACUUCUCAGUUUUACCAUCUAUUUCUGCAUGGCAAUUCCCUCACUCGACUUUUCCCUAAUGAGUUCGCUAACUUUUAUAAUGCAGUUAGUUUGCACAUGGAAAACAAUGGCUUGCAUGAAAUCGUCCCUGGGGCUUUUCUGGGGCUGCAGCUGGUGAAAAGACUGCACAUCAACAACAAUAAGAUCAAGUCUUUUCGAAAGCAGACUUUUCUGGGGCUGGACGAUCUGGAAUACCUCCAGGCUGAUUUUAAUUUAUUACGGGAUAUAGAUCCGGGGGCCUUCCAAGACUUGAACAAGUUGGAGGUACUCAUUUUAAAUGACAAUCUCAUCAGCACCCUACCUGCCAACGUGUUCCAGUAUGUGCCCAUCACCCACCUCGACCUCCGGGGAAACCGGCUGAAAACGCUGCCCUAUGAGGAGGUUUUGGAACAAAUCCCCGGCAUUGCUGAGAUCCUGCUGGAGGAUAACCCAUGGGACUGCACCUGUGAUCUGCUCUCCCUGAAAGAAUGGCUCGAGAACAUUCCCAAAAAUGCCCUGAUCGGACGGGUGGUGUGCGAAGCCCCCACCAGACUGCAGGGAAAAGACCUCAAUGAAACCACAGAGCAGGACUUGUGUCCUUUGAAAAACAGAGUGGAUUCUAGUCUCCCAGCGCCCCCUGCCCAAGAAGAGACCUUCGCUCCUGGGCCCCUGCCAACUCCUUUCAAGAUAAAUGGGCAAGAGGAGCAUGCUACCCCAGGGGCUGCUCCGAAUGGAGGUACAAAGAUCCCGGGCAACUGGCAGAUCAAAAUCAGACCCACGGCGGCUAUAGCCACCGGUAGCGCCCGCAACAAGCCCCCAGCCCACGGCUUGCCCUGCCCGGGGGGCUGCAGCUGCGACCACAUCCCAGGGUCGGGGUUAAAGAUGAACUGUAAUAACCGGAACGUGAGCAGCUUGGCUGAUUUGAAGCCCAAGCUCCCCAACGUGCAAGAGCUUUUCCUGCGAGACAACAAGAUCCACAGCAUCCGCAAGUCGCACUUUGUGGAUUACAAGAACCUCAUUCUUUUGGAUCUGGGCAACAAUAACAUCGCCAGUGUAGAAAACAACACUUUCAAGAACCUUUUGGACCUCAGGUGGCUCUACAUGGAUAGCAACUACCUGGACACACUGUCCCGGGAGAAAUUCACAGGGCUGCAAAACCUCGAGUACUUAAACGUGGAGUACAACGCGAUCCAGCUCAUCCUCCCGGGCACCUUCCACGCUAUGCCCAAACUGAGGAUCCUCAUUCUCAACAACAACUUGCUGAGGUCCCUGCCCGUGGACGUGUUCGCGGGGGUGUCGCUCUCGAAGCUCAGCCUGCACAACAAUUACUUCAUGUACCUGCCGGUGGCAGGGGUACUGGACCAGCUCACAUCCAUCAUCCAGAUCGACCUGCACGGCAACCCCUGGGAGUGCUCCUGCACCAUUGUGCCUUUUAAGCAAUGGGCAGAACGCCUGGGCUCCGAAGUGCUGAUGAGCGACCUCAAGUGCGAGACGCCAGUGAACUUCUUCCGCAAGGAUUUCAUGCUCCUGGCCAAUGACGAGAUCUGCCCCCAGCUGUACGCCAGGAUCUCGCCCACGUUAACUCCGCACAGUAAAAACAGCACCGGGUUGGCGGAGACCGGGACGCACUCCAACUCGUACCUCGACACCAGCAGGGUGUCCAUCUCCGUGUUGGUCCCGGGACUGCUGCUGGUGUUCGUCACCUCCGCCUUCACGGUCGUGGGCAUGCUGGUGUUUAUCCUGAGGAACCGCAAGCGGUCGAAGAGGAGGGACGCCAACUCCUCGGCGUCCGAGAUCAAUUCCCUGCAGACCGUCUGUGACUCUUCCUACUGGCACAACGGGCCUUACAACGCCGAUGGGGCUCACAGAGUUUACGACUGUGGCUCUCACUCGCUCUCAGACUAAGCGAGCAAGCAAACAAACAGACAAACAAAACAAAAGACCCGAAUCAUCCGGGAGGG